UUGAUCGAGGGCAACAAGCAAUGUCUCCGCUUUCUGUUCUCGGCAGCUACCGCGCGCGUGUCGCAGGCAGGAGCUCCGCAGCCGCAGCUCCACGAGUCCACGACACGAUGCGUGCUGCUCGGUCCGUCUCGACAUCUCACUGCUAGCGCAUAUCCCGAGCAGUGAGCUCGCUCGACAUCACAGGCAGCACGACUACGAAAUCCACCACACGACCUGCAUGUCCUCGAGACCGCAUGGCUGGCUGCCUCUGAGGAUCCGGUGAACGUUGGAGGAAAGUGGCAGGGACCGCCAGAAGGCCAUCAUCGGCAAGAUGGUUGCUCAGCGCCAUGCAGCCUUCGCCGAGGAGUCGGCGGAGGUCGAAGUGCUCUAUGCGAGCCUGGACAAGAUGAAGAGCGUGUCGAAGAAGAUUCAGGGCUCCAUGUCGCGCCUCAAUGACACCGGCAGGACCGUGCAGGAUGCGAUCGGGCCCAUAUAUGGCAACACCCAGAGGCUACAGACGCAAAAUGUCAACGUAGACCGGAUACUCCAAGCCAUUGAGAAGGUCAAGCAACCUUUGGACAUGCGCAAUAAGGAGGAGCGCAUUUUGCGGAGUCGGCCAGACAAAGUAGGCUUGACGGAGUACAUCGCGAGUAUGGACCGGACGAACCAGGCCCUGAGGGAACUCAAGACUACGAAUCUGCGAUCAAAUCAAAUGGCCAUUUCAGAAUUGAGCUCGCUGUUGGCGACGGGUGCUAGCAACCUUGAGAAUGUAUUCAGAGAUAUGCUGCGACAAGACUCACAGCCCAUUGAGCCGUUAAAACAGAUUACCACUUCGCAGGACUUUCCUCGCAUAUCUUCAAACAAAUCGGGUCAGCUGCGGACGAUCAACACCAACAUCUCCAAUUACCACUCUCAGGUGGCACCUCCGAGCGAGCUGACACACUCCGGCAAAGUUUAUGCCCACGAGCGUGGGCAAUACAUUGCGUUGUCUCUCCAGAACCUUGCCUCAGCCACACUUUCUACAGCGAAGAAGUCACAGGCAGAUGCGAUAUAUCGACCGGGGACCUGUGCGAUCACGACUUAUGCAACUGGCUUGCAAGGCAUGAUCGUUGCCGAGUACGACAGCAUAUGUCCUGUUUUCCAAAGGGAAGAGUGGGGCGCAGUCCUUCGAGCUACGUUACAAGAAGCAAUGAAGACCUUUACUGGCACGUUACGUGAUCUUGAUUCGCACAUUCGUUCACACAUGAUGACGGACUGCUACCUCGGCUACGAGAUCAUUGACGUGGUCACAAAGAUGGGUCUCGCCAUCGAGCAGCACACGAGUGAGCUUAAACAAGUCGUCUAUGAUGCGCUCAAACCAGUCAGAGAGACUUCUAAGUCAUCUCUGUCGACGUUGCUGAACGACGUCCGGGUCAAGGUCAGCCAAAUGUUGCAGAUUUCCGCGGAUGGCGCCGCACUACCCAUCUCAACCGAAGUCAUGACCCGACUGCAGACGAUGGCUGCUUACCUUGUGCCUCUUGCAAGCAUCAUGCGUAGCUUGGGGGACGGUGGAUGGAAUCAGCCCGGUAAUCCCGGCAAUUCUGCAUCCUCUGUGCCCACCAUGAAAUCUUUUGACGUUGGGGCAGAUGGAAAGCAACUUUUUGCCCAUUAUGCCACAGACACAAUCGAGACAUUGAUCUCAUCACUGGACGCCAAAGCUCGUGGCCUACAGAAAGGCAAAAGUCUGCUCGGUGUAUUCCUUGCCAACAAUAUCGCAGUUGUCGAAAGAAUGAUCAGGGCAUCUGAAUUGGCCACAUUGCUCGGAAGCGCUCAGCCGAAGGUUGACGCAUGGAAGAAGAAGUCCACGCAAAUGUACCUCGAUGCAUGGAAAGAGCCCUCGGCACACCUGCUGGACGUGCAAUAUACCUCAAAACAGCCACGUCCACCUUCGACUGGCCAUGCUGUCGACAGCUCGGCAAUCUUGAAGUCGCUAUCAAGCAAGGACAAGGAUGCGAUCAAGGAAAAGUUCAAGAACUUCAAUGCAUCCUUUGACGAGCUCGUUGCAAGACACAAAACGUUCAAGAUGGAGCCUGAGGUGCGGCGGCAGCUGGGGCGCGAUGCUCAGAUGUUCAUCGAGCCACUCUACGCCCGUUUCUGGGACAGAUACCAUGAAGUCGACAAGGGCAAAGGCAAAUAUGUGAAAUUUGACAAGAGUCAAUUGAGCGCUAUCCUGGCUGGACUAAGUUAACGCUUCAUGGACCGAGGAAUGGCUGGGAAUACCGAACAUGAUAACCACUCCAACCCAAGAUCACGCCCGUGUGUGGUUGCAUGUGGCACCUUGCACGCCGAUUGGUGCAUGAGCACAGUUGUCCAGGGCUACAUGGCUCGACUGCUGAGAGGGCCAGGGCACGACAAUUUCAUUCCUAGAAUUUCAAAGGGGACAUAGCCGGCUUGACUGGAUCUGCUACCAACAGCGCAGCAUCAAUGGGGCGAAGCAGCUUGCGAAUGUGCUGCGAAGCAUGGACCGGGGCCGCAUCGGACGAAAGAGGUGGUCAACGAUUGGGCGCCGCGCGAGCAGAUACUGAGUAGAUGAGAGUUGAGACCAGGGCCGCAGACACAGAGCCGGACAUGCUUAUGAGCUUACUACAGAUGAUGAAGAGACAUCCACUCUCAGACGCAGAUACCCUUGGCAAGAAUACUGCAGCCACCGGGAAGGCAACUAUGGCGCUCAACAAGCACUCGGCCACGGCGUAGUCGUCGCGGUCGCCACAGCGAUCGGACGAAGCAAUCCGACUUGGAUCGAUCCAAAUGGCGCUCGGGGCAGAGUUGCGUAUGCAGACGGGAUCGUUGUGACAGAGAAGCCGAAAUCAAGCUCACCAACGGAUCAACGCAACAGCGGCUUGUACACAUUUCCGGAUGCCUAUCGGUCGGUAUGCUGGGUUGACUCGUGCGUGUGAUAUCGCUUUCAACGUCAUUGAGCAACUGGGACAACGAUAGUAUGGAUGUAUGAAGAUUGUAUAGUAGGAUCUAGCAAGAUUGAAAGGGAAUAAUGCAGAGUGACGAUCCCGUGG